CCUGUGUCCUUGCCGUGUUAAAAACGAUGGCGGCGUCCAAGCUCCCCUACGCAGCCCUCUCCUUUAAACAGUUUUUACAGAGACAGAAGGUGUUGGGGAUUUACAGGAACAUGCUGCGGAGCAUCAGGCAGGUGCCGGACGAGGCGGACAGGAAGUACCUCAGAGACUGGGCAAGAGAGGAGUUCAAGAGGAACAAAAUGGCCACUGACCAGGACGCCAUUCGAAUGAUGGUCACACAGGCCAACAACCACCUGGUGGAGCUGCAGAAAUCUCUGGCCUUGGCCAAAAGUUAGCAGAUCACAGGGGCUGGAAUUUGCUGCUGUGGAUUUUACUGAGGAGAGACUCAUCAAAUGUUGGGGUAACCAUGGAAACAGGGAAACCCCUCCUCACUGCCAUGGAUGGACAGUAUGACCCUGAAAGUAUCGCCCUACAUUUGAGAGACUAAUCAGUCUGUGCUCUGAACUAUAUUUAAUAUGUAUUAAAUGGACAAUAAUGAAAGUG